GCAGCUUCUCAAGAGCAGCUGCACAGGUUCUGAUGACGACACAACUGAUCCACGAUUGGCCGGAUUCACUGACAACACCGAUGACAUCAAAUGUUCCUUUCUUCUGUCAUGGAGCAAGUAUCAGCUGUUGAAACAAAAGCUCUCCUCAGUGGCCCAGCUUGUGCUGCAAAGCUCCUCCAAGCUCCUAUUCCAUGUCUCACUACCUCCACUAGGUCGCCGGUACCCCUAAACCUCAGUUUUGUGAAACCACCAUCAACCAGCCAGUGCCCCAAUACUACAACUAGGCCCUCUGUACCACCUCCACCAUCAACCAGCCAGUACCCGAUUACUACCACUAGGCCCCCUGUACUACUUACCUCCACUGUCAAGGACCCACCGCCUGCCACUCUGCAACCUGGUGCAGUGUGUGGAAACCCUUCAGCAUCCAUUCAACCUUCCUCCCCCUCCUUCCAGUCAGACAGGCAUGAAUCUCAAGGUUUUAUUUCAAAUACUGUAAGGAAGAUAAAUGUCAAUACUGUGGUUAAAUUACAUUUUCUUUGUUUUGUAGUGUUAAUCUAUUUCUCUCCUUAUCCCCUCCAUUUUACAGAAAUAACACAUCAAAUGACACUAUUUCUACUGGACCUUACAAAAACUCACCAGCAACUUUAUUUUAGGAACAAAAUGGCGUUCUAUAAAAAAAUACAAAACUCAUUCUCACAAAAGGGCUACAACUUGUCAAGUGAAAAAAUUCUAAAAAAAUUAGCAAACAUGUUAACCACUUAUAAGAGAGUAAAAGACUUGCGCCGUGCAACUGGGGAGGGGAAGAUCACCUGGGAGUACUAUACACUAAUGGAUGAGUUAUUUGGGUCAUCGGGGAUCGGUACUGCACCACUUGGCACCAUUCACUCCACACCUCUAGGUUUGGAAGAGACCUCCACCCAAAGCAUGCCCACAACGUCUUCUCUUCAAGACCAGCCAGCAUGUGCUAGUAUGGAUGAACAGCCAGGAACCUCUACCAUACCAAAUACAAACGUCACAAGCAGGCAAAGACGACCACAACCCUUACAAUUUCUGGAGGCUUACGAAGAGCAUGCAGAGAGAAGGACUGCUGUGCUUGAGUCCCUGGUAAGGCCAGAUCUGGAGAGAUGGUGGCGACUUAAGGAGAGGCGGAGAAGGUCCUUCGAAAAAAAUAUGGUGACCAGCUUGGGAACAAUUGUGGAGGAGCUGCAGAAAAUGGGAAAAAGACAAGAGCAAAUUAUGCAUCUAUUACAGAAUCCACAUGAACCUCAAUAAAAUGAUAAUGUAAAGAUGUUUUCUCUUUUGAUUUACACCUUUCCCCAAAAUGUCUACUAUGUAUUUUUUUUUUUUUUAUGUUCCCAAAGAACACAAUUUCUAAUGACAAACUAAUUUUGUUCAAUAAAAUAAAUUUCUUUAUUUCAACACAAAAUCUGUUUUUUUUUAUCAUUUGUUGAAUAUUUCUGUACAUUCAAAUCUUUACUUUU